UUCCUAAAAUUAAUAAAUGAUGGCUACUUUCAAUUUCAAUGUAGGUGUGCUCGGUCACGUUGAUAGUGGUAAAACAAGUUUAUCCAAAGCUUUGAGUACAAUCGAGAGUACUGCAAGCUUUGACAAAAAUCCCCAGAGCAGAGAGCGUGGUAUCACACUUGAUCUGGGCUUCUCAUCAUUUUCCAUCGAUGUCCCAGACCACCUGAAACCGGCGGCCCCACAAUGUCAGAGGCUUCAGUACACGCUCGUGGACUGUCCUGGUCACGCAUCAUUGAUCAGAACAAUUAUUGGAGGAGCCCAGAUAAUAGAUCUAAUGAUGCUCGUGGUGGACAUUACUAAGGGUAUGCAGACACAGACAGCAGAAUGCCUGGUAAUAGGGGAGAUAACUUGUGAUCACAUGAUCAUUGUCCUAAACAAAGUGGACCUCAUACCUCAGGAGAAAAGAGAAGCUCAAGUGGAAAAGAUGAAGAAACGAAUGCACAAGACUUUAGAAUCCACAAAGUUCCAAGGGUGUCCAAUUUGUGCUGUAGCAGCGAAGCCUGGGGGAUCUGAGGGAGAUGGCUCCGAGGGUCUUGAUCUGUCCAAGUUGAUUUCUGUGCUGAGCGACAAUACCUACCUCCCCAAGCGUGAGAAUUCCGGUCCUUUUGUCUUUGCUGUUGAUCACUGCUUCUCAAUAAAAGGACAGGGCACUGUGAUGACUGGGACCACAUUAAGUGGCUCCAUGAGUGUUAGUGAUACCAUAGAAAUCCCUUCAAUGAAAGUGACAAAAAAGGUGAAGUCAAUUCAGAUGUUCAAAAAACCAGUGGACACCAUUAAUCAGGGAGACCGAGCUGGGAUUUGUGUGACUCAGUUUGACCCCAAACUACUGGAACGAGGCCUUGUCUGCUCACCCAGUGCCCUCCCCACAAUCUGUGGUGGAAUUGUAAGUGUGGAAAAAAUAGGGUACUACAAGGGCCCUGUAAAUUCCAAAGCCAAGUUCCACGUGACCUCAGGCCACGAAACCGUGAUGGGACGGGUGUCAUUCUUCGGAUUGUAUGAAGGGGCUCCAGCGAAUGUCAACGAUGAAUUCAAUUUCAAUUUGGAUUAUGUGUAUCAGGAACAACUGAUAGGAAAACUCAGUAGUGAUGCGGAAUCCGGACAUGUACACCCAGUCCGACAGUACGCUGUGAUUGAGUACGAACGACCUGUCACAUGUCCUGAACACUGCCUAGUGAUUGGCUCAAAACUAGAUACUGACAUUCAUGCAAACAUGUGUAGGUUGGCAUUUCAUGGUCAACUGUUGGUAGGAUUUACAGACACACAACAUCAGCAGACAAUUCUACCGAAAGUCCAUGUCUACAAAACAAAAGUCCGUGAGGGUGUGGUGGAGCGAUGCAGUGAUGAGUACACCAUCAUUGGGAAAAACCUUUUCAAAAAAGAAACAAACAUUCAGAGCUUUGCUGGACUGAAGGUGGCGCUGUCCUCAGGGGAACAGGGGCUCAUUGAAGGGAGCUUUGGUCAAAGUGGCAAAGUCAAAAUCAGAAUUCCAGAGGGAAUCAAACCAGAGACAUACCAGAAGUACAGUGGUGGAUCAAAGAAAAAAGCCAAAGCUGAGGAAACCCCAUCUGAUCAUCAACCAAUCAAAAUUAGUUUAACAUUCAAAAGAUAUAUGUAUGAUCCCAACAAGAGGAUGAAACAGACUUAGUGAUUGGCUGUCUCCUGUUUAGAAACAAUAUUGAUACAAAGUUCCUGUGAUGAAGUGAAUAAAAUAACUUAUAUACAAGUCA